CGGUGAUGUGUAAGCGAAUCUGGUACACUAACCCUAGACCGGAACACUUCCUAUAUAGAAGCUGAAAUAGAUCAGCUUGCACUGCUUGACGGUAUAAAAUGGAUAAUGAGCAGUUGUUGUACAACACAGUUAGAGGUCCAGUCACACAAUAAGCUGGCAGAACAGGCUUUCAUAUGCUGAGCAGGUCAUUCACAGCCACUCCUUAUAGGGCACCAUGGUAACUCAACACAUCCUGCAAUCUGGGGAGAGAAGGAACAGCCUAAGCAGAGAGACUGAGCUCUGAGCAUGAGGUCUCCAACCGGAGAUGAGAGCCAUGACGCACAUCACCAGGACAGCAAGUCGCACAGACAGACAGGGAGUGACUGCUGCAUCUCCCACUAUAAAAAUACUUACACUACGCCUGCAGAUGUGCACCCUCGCAGCAGUAAGAGACCCCUCCGUACCCCACUGCCACCAAAAUUACCUCCAAUGAAUUUGGUGACAACACAAAGAACUGAAUUUAUUCCUCGCCUCCUGGAGUCCAGAACAAAACCAUUUAUACCUAAUGAGGAGUUUUAUCAAAGCCCUCAGGAGCCCCUUAUGGACCAAACCCUGUAUAGUCUCCAUUUUCCUCCCAAGGAUGCUGAGAGACUAGUGUCCACCCGUCCUCCCGAUACCCUGUGCCCCGCACCACCAUGCAACCCCCUCCUCAGCACAACAAAUAAAGCAGAUUAUAGAGUAUGGAGAGGAGAGCGCCAGGCACAGUAUGGAGAACUGCCAACUCAGAUAGCAUCAAUUUUGUUUCCUGGCGGUAAAUGUGAAAUGAAAACAACCACUCAGCAACAUUUUGUGGCGAAUAAAGUGAGGAGAGUGGAGCCAGCGAAAACUGCCCAGAGCAGCCUGGUGAUGGAAGGUGACCAUAGCAUGAUCACAACUCACCAAGCAGUGUUCCAGCCGCAUCCUCUGCAGAAGGUUUCAGGCACUAGGGAGCCAGUGCCAAGAAAAAUCCCCCCCAAACGUCCACAGAUGAAUGUCAUCAGUAAAUACAAAAGCGACUUCACUAUUCCUCUCCAGCCCCAAGAGAGAACUAGAGCCACCAUCCCCCCCACUGAUAAUCUAACAGUGAACCCCCAUUAUAGGAAUGACUUUCAGACAGUGCAGAGAGAGAAUUUCCCUGGCUGGGAUCCUCGGAUGUACCCACGGCCUGAGCUGACACAGUUAAAGGAAGAACUAACUUCAAUUGAGAGAGAGCGAGGGGGGAGAGUAGAUGGGAUUACAAUGACAAAGUUAUCCUUCAAGCCCCCAGCCUAUCUGCCACAAGAACCAGUACGACGUCCACAUUCUGUCCUACGGCAACUGAAUGCCAAGUUUGAUGCAACUACCCACAGCCAUGCUGUAUUUCAGGACUGGGGGGUUCAGCCAUUUCAGCGCCAUGGGGACGUCUGUGAAGGUCACUUUCUAAAACCCCUGGCGAAGUUGGAAAGUCAGACAACAUCUGGCUCUACAUUUGUGCCCAAAAUAGGGGAGAUGGUAAGGAGCUGCAAACCUGCUAAGGACAACCUUGAGCUGACAGGAGAGAGAUACUUCUCCACCUUGAACAGAGACACAUACAGGGCGCCUGUACAUCUGAGCCAGAAGCCAGAGAGAGCAUGAAAGUGAAAAAAGCGCUGCUUGGAUCUAUGUACACAGUGGUGUUGGUACUUCAUCACAUAUGUAUAUAGUUCAGCUGGACCACACAAGCAUUUGAAGAAAUUUGUAGCAGAACUAAACAAAGAUUUCUACUUGCAACAUAAAAAACAUUUAGAAUUUAAUACAAACAAAAAUAAAGUUUCAUAUAUUCCAAGAAAAACUCUGGUCCAUUCACAAUACAAAUACAGAACAACAGUUUGUGGAUUUAAAACUAAUAAAAUAUAGAAAAAUC